AUGGUGCACACAACAACAAGCACCAGUUUUUGUCUCCAUGACUUCUCCUUUUGCCCUCAUGUUUACAACAUCCAUGAGCCCUACUUUACUACACGAGGAGAUUCACCUUGGGAGGUACAAUUAAGAAGAAAUGAUCCUGAUAUCGAGAGUGUUGGGACACAAUUAAAAGGAGAUGAUCCUGAUAUCGAGAGUAUUGGGACACAAUUAAAAAGAGAUGAUCCUGAUCUUGAGGGUAUAGGAAAUGGUUAUAAGAUAAUAGGAUUGUUUGCUUGUGGAAGUACAAGGAUCAUGAUUGUUGAAGCUGUUAUCUGUUCAAAAAGCAUGAACUCUCCAUCCACCCAGUUUGUACCUUCAAGAAGGAUGGUUAUCUAUGAGCCUAUCCACCAGAUUGGCACGUGUGGAGAAAAUUUUAAGAGUAGUGUUAAUCCACAUACAUCUUCAUCACUGAUUGUCGAAGCAGAUUACAAGAUGGAGAAUGAGUCUGAGACUGGGUCACACGAAAUGCUCGCACCUUCUAAUAAGUAUGACCAAGAAGCAACUAAACCUAUUGAUAAGAUACAAAGACGGCUUGCACAAAACCGUGAGGCUGCUCGUAAAAGCCGUUUGCGGAAAAAGGCAUAUGUUCAACAGUUAGAACAUAGUCGUUUAAAGUUGAUUCAAUUGGAGCAAGAGCUUGAACGAACGAGCCAACAGGGUCUUUAUAUGGGUGGUGGGUUAGAAGGUGGUCAUCUUGGAUUCUCUGGAGCAGCAAACUCAGGUUUGUUGUCAAAACACUAGCAGUUACUGUUA